AUGGGAUCCCCUUGGUAUUCCAGGCUCCUCCUGGUUCUUGCCAAGCAAUUCCUGCCCCGCACCUGCCAUUCUCUAGUCUCGAGCCGUCUGACCAGAUCGCCAGUUCAGGACCAGGAGGAAGAGAUUGCGCAGCUGCUAGGGUCUCUGGACCUGGUGUUGUCCCAGGAACCAUGGGCCCCGGUUGCUGCUCUCAGCCCAUUGCCGGUCCCCUGGGGUCUGCUCCCCGGGCUGGGCGUGCUGGUGCCCCUCUCGAAAGCUCACUGGGAGGAUCUUCUAUUGGCACCAGUACAUUUAAAGAUACCAUGA